AUGUCUGUAGAUAUACUGAGAACCACAGAGGGAAUUGAGCAACAUAAGCCAUUAAUGAAUGAGGGAAUAGGUGUAGCUGCGGAGCAGACCGAGAGCACAAAAGUUGCAAGAAAUUCUGGACCUAGAAAGUCCCCGUCAGCUCCUAAUUUUCAUGAAAAAACGUAUGCUGGUCAUAGUAUGAGUGAACCUACCCUUCUGAGGAACUGUAACGGUGACAAUCUCCUCAAUUUGGGUGACAAUCUAUCCUUUAAUGACAGAGAUGCAAAUUUAAGUGUGAUUAACUUGUACGAUGAUGAAGUGAUAUCACGCCAGAUGGAUGAUUUCGAGGACAAUAACGACGAGGAUAGUCAACAGAAUGUGGACAGCGAUGAGGGGAAUACUCCAACAAUGUCAAUGUUGCAAAACAAUUGCAAUGGGAGCGAAACUGAGCAUCUCGACAGGUACGGAUUCAAGAAACAGAACAACUUUAUUACCGUGGAAGAAUAUAAUAAAUGGUGGAAGGACUAUUCACAGUACUGCAUAAGACGUAAGCAUAAAUGGAAAUUGUUACUGGCGAAAAGUGGAUUACCGAUGGAUAAUGAUUCACCCAAUCGGUUCCCAUCUAGAAGCGAGAAAUUGAAAAGAUAUGUAAGGAAAGGUAUACCUGCGGAAUGGAGAGGUAAUGCAUGGUGGUAUUUUGCACGCGGACAGGAAAAGCUGACUAAAAAUAAAGGUCUUUACGAUAAAUUGUUACAAAAAAUGGACGAUUUGUUGAAGAAGAAGAAGAAGAAGAAACCGAUGCAGGAUUUGGAUAUCAUUGAAAGGGAUUUGAACAGAACUUUCCCGGAUAAUAUUCAUUUUCAGAGAGAGACAUUUCAGUUGGAUGAACCUCCGAUGAUUAAAUCAUUACGCCGCGUUUUGGUUGCGUUCUCUUUGUAUAAUCCAAAAAUUGGGUAUUGUCAGUCAAUGAACUUUUUGGCGGGCCUGUUACUACUUUUUAUGGAUGAAGAGAAAGCUUUUUGGAUGCUUGUCAUCAUCACGUCGAGAUACUUGCCAGGCGUGCAUAAUGUAAAUUUGGAAGGUGUUAACGUUGAUCAAGGGGUAUUAAUGUUGUGUGUCAAAGAAUAUUUACCUGAAAUCUGGCCAUUCAUAGCCCCAUUGCAUAAAAGGAGCCCCAUUAAUCUUGGAAAUUCGAAAUACAACUUCGGCAAAAAUGAAUUUCUUUAUAGAUUGCCUCCAAUCACUCUUUGCACAGCCAGCUGGUUUAUGAGCUGUUUUGUAGGUGUAUUGCCUAUUGAGACAACCUUGAGAGUGUGGGACUGCUUGUUUUACGAAGAAUCGCAUUUUCUAUUCAAAGCUUCACUGGCAAUUUUGAAAUUGAGCGAACAGACUUUAUUGAAAAAUAGGCCGCAAAGGGUGUUGCGUCAUUAUUCUUUAUCAAAUGGGAAUUAUCAUUCUAAGGAUUUACGGAUAAAUCAAGAUGAAAGCGAAAUGGAAGUCUUCCAGGUAAUUCAAUCCUUCCCAAAACAUUUAAUUAACCCUAAUGAUAUUUUUGAUAAGGUAAUUUUCAAGAAGAGGGUCGCACUGAAUAGAUUAGACCAAGAUGAGAUAGAUCGUUGCAGAAAAUAUGUAACAACACAGCGGCAAAGGUAUAAGAAUUACAAUGAGAUUGUCGGUAGCAAUCUUCACCAUGACGAUGAUGAAAUUAAUGAUAGUAACGCACAGAAAAAUGAUCUUUUAUCCAAUGGACCCCAAGACUAUGGCAGUAUUAAUAACGAAAAUAAUGAAGAGCAAAUCUCAGGUGCAGCGUCGGAUAUGAAAGUGAAUAGCAAUAACAGAAUCGGGAACGAUCUUGUCAACAAUGCUCUGUCAUCUGAGGUCUACGGUUUUAAGAAAAGUCUGAGUGGAGUGCAUUGGAAUAAUAGCAUAAAAGAGAAAGUGAGGCAAAUGAGAAAGAAAAGAGGUAAGGAUGAUGAUGUUUUACUGUAG